AGAUACAUAAUCGAGCAGAAAAACCCAGGUGCAUGGGAGAAAAAAAAGGGGCCAACAUUUUUGGGUUAUAGGUCUGAACUUGAUUUCUGGUCUCGCAGGCUAGACUCAGAAUCUAGCGUAACCUGCGUGCACAUACAUAUCUGUAAAAAAAAAAUUACCGAAAUUAACUAGAAUGACAGACGUAAAAUUUGCAAUAUGAGCAACAGAAAUUUCAUAAAUGAAAACAUAACCUAAUCAUGGAGUAUUUAGGGGAAAUAAUUGCGCUCGGAGUAGAUGGAAUAAUUUUUGGUAUAUGUUUGAAGCAGUAUUAUCACUGUAAGAACGCUCUCACCGCCGUCAAGGGCGCAGAGUUUUACGAUGUCGGCACAGACCUUGGCAAGGUGCUCGAUGACACGCAGGGUCAAAAAUUGGAUUACGUAGCGAUAAGAGGAAUCGUCAAACCGCUUGGCGAGCCUCUCUGCAGUGUCAAAAACAAAAACCUAACAGGUGUCGUUCAGAAAUUAAGCAUCAAGGAACAUGUCGUCGCUCGAACCACAACGGGUUUCUGGUCAGAUCAAGAACGAACGAUACAAGAAGUCUACAACAACGUGCCAUUUGUAUUGCGACAUGGCAGUUAUAAUAUCGAAGUAGUCGAUGCACUGGCUGCGGAAAUACUAGAUAUGGACACAAUAUCGGAUCACUUUGAACCGAGCGUACCGACAUUCACAGAUCACCUUUGGGGUUUUUUCACAGGGGUUCGUCAAAGAGGUCUCCAGUCGACUGAGGAGAUGCUGAGAGAUGGAGCGAUUAUCACAGGCAUAGGAGAAUUGUCAAAAACGGUUGCUCGAUCCGGAAAUAUUAGAUUACAACCACCGCUCAAUGGGACACCCUAUUACCUAACCAGCAUGUCCGUCACCUCGCUUCUGAGAAAAUUGGAUGAACGAAGAAAAACAUAUUGGUGGUUGUGUGUGAUGUUUGGUGGUAUUGGCCUUCUGAUAGGCGGAAUAGUGGUGAGGAGAUACUGGAGAGAUAGAGAAGAAGAAAGAUUGGCCAAAGAAUUGCGAGAAUCGUUAGCUGCGUCGCGUAAAGAAAGAAGACAAAGAGUAAGAGACAGAGAUUUGCGAGAAGAUCAGAUCUGCGUUGUGUGUCGUUCGAAUCCGAAGGAAAUCAUUUUACUUCCAUGUGGGCACGUCUGUCUGUGUGAAGAUUGCGCCGAGGGUAUUAUCACUCAAUGCCCUGUCUGCAGAACUACCAUUUCGCAAAAAAAUCCCGCAUAUUUUAUAUAGUCAUUGAUAUUUUUGUGAAAAGCUGACAUAUACCAAUUUCGCCUGUAUAAAUAUCUUCUUUUUUUUUACAAUUAAAGACAUUUAGUUGGAGAAAACGAAACUAUUGAGUUUUUUUAAUUACCGUAACUAUCCAGAAGUCAG